GAACGUGAAGUUGUUGUAGAAGCUGCCGUUUCGCAAGAGGAACUAGGUCUUACGGGUGAUGACUAUGAUGACUCAUCGAAAGCAGCAUUUGAGAAGUUCGUAGCCGAUAUCAAGGCACGUACUGAUGGAUUCACAGAUUGCCGUUAUGCUGUGUUUGACUUCAAAUUCACUUGCUCCCGCGUAGGUGCUGGUACUUCGAAAAUGGACAAGAUUGUUUUCCUACAACUGUGCCCAGAUGGUGCCUCGAUCAAGAAAAAGAUGGUGUACGCAUCGUCGGCCUCUGCUAUCAAAGCGUCCCUUGGGACCGGGAAGAUUCUUCAAUUCCAGGUAAAAUGA